AUGGCUAGCGAACAGUUCAAUAUGGCCACCAAACAUGAUGAUCUCGCCCGAGAUACAGUUCAGCUGUCCGGCGUUCAACCCAUGACCACAGACUAUGGAAUUAAGAUAUCGGAUCCGGACCAUUGGCUUCGCGUUGUCGAUGCGCAGCAUAAUGGUCCCUCGCUACUGGAGGAUCCGAUCGCGAGGGAGAAGAUUAUGCGCUUCGACCACGAACGGAUUCCCGAACGAGUCGUGCAUGCCCGUGGCGCUGGAGCCUUCGGAACCUUCAAGCUUCAUCAGGCUAUUCCGGAACUUUCCUCUGCGGGUGUCUUGACUGACACAGAGCGCGAAACUCCCGUCUUUGUUCGCUUUUCUACUGUUCAGGGUAGUCGUGGGAGUGCGGAUACUGUGCGUGAUGUUCGUGGCUUCGCGGUGAAGAUGUACACUGCGGAAGGCAACUGGGAUAUUGUUGGGAAUAAUAUUCCUGUUUUCUUUAUUCAGGAUGCUAUCAAGUUCCCUGAUGUUAUUCAUUCGGUGAAGCCGGAGCCUCAUAAUGAGAUUCCUCAGGGACAGAGUGCUCAUAAUAACUUUUGGGAUUUCCAAUACAUGCAUUCGGAGACUACUCAUAUGCAGCAGUGGGUUAUGUCGGAUCGUGCUAUCCCUCGUUCGUACCGUCAAGAUCCUGACUUCCAUCGGAAGGAUCUGAUGGAUGCCAUUGAGGCAGGCCAAUACCCCAGGUGGAAGUUCGGCAUUCAGGUGAUUCCAGAAGAGAAGAAGGAUGACUUUGAGUUCGAUAUCCAGGAUGCAACCAAGAUCUGGCCGGAGGAGCUUGUGCCAAUCCAGUACAUUGGACAAUUGGAGCUGAAUCGCAACGUUGACGAGUACUUCCCCCAAACCGAGCAAGUGGCUUUCUGCACAAGUCAUAUUGUGCCCGGUAUUGACUUCUCGGACGAUCCCCUUCUCGUGGGCCGCAAUUUCUCCUACUUCGAUACACAGAUCUCUCGCUUGGGCCCUAACUGGCAAGAACUGCCAAUUAACCGUCCCGUGUGUCCGUAUAUGAGUCUGGUCAACCGGGAUGGUCAAAUGAGACACCGCAUCACAAAGGGCAAAGUGAACUAUUGGCCGAACAGGUUCGAUGCGAAUCCCCCAACCUCUCCGGCCCAUGGAGGAUUUGCGACCUACCCUGAAAAGCAGCGGGGUGUGAAAGCGCGUGCACUGUCAGACAAAUUUAGCGAGCAUUUCAACCAGGCCCAACUGUUCUACAACUCCCUCAGCCCCAUAGAAAAGCUUCACGUCUCCAAGGCAUUCUCCUUCGAAUUGGAUCAUUGCGACGAGGAGAUCGUGUAUAAGCGCCUCUCAGAACGACUGGCUGUCGUUGACCUCCAGCUGGCGAAGACGGUUGCGAAGAAUGUUGGAGGCAACACGCCGACCAAGGCACCAAAGGAGAACGACGGAAAAACGUCGAAGGGCUUGAGCCAAUUCGACUACCUUUCUGACAGCGCACAAAUUGCUACCCGCCGAGUUGCCAUCCUGAUCGCGGAUGGCUUCGACCUCAACUCAUACAGGGACAUGAAGAGUGCGUUGCAGAAGCAGAAUGCAUUUGUAUUCACCAUUGGAUCCCAGCGCCAGGGUGUCACCUCCGAAUCAGGAGAGAAGGUGAUCCCCGACCAUCAUUUCCCAGGAAUGCGUUCCACGCUCUUUGACGCGACUUUUGUCCCCGGCGGAAAGCACGUUAGUGUGCUGGCGAAGAACGGCAUCGCUAAGCACUGGAUUUCCGAGUCCUUUGCGCACUUGAAGCCUAUUGCUGGUGUCAACGAAGCGGUGGACUUUAUCCGGAAGCAAAUCAACCUAGACGCGGUCAAAUAUGCCUCGAAUGGUCAAGUGAAAGAAAGCUACGGAGUGGUGACUGCCCAUGGUGCACCCGCGGAGCUGCUGCAAGUAUCGUCCAAUAUUAGUCGCGAGAGCAAGGGAUUCGUCGACCAGUUCAUUUGGCAAAUUUCGAGGCACAGGAACUGGCAGAGGGAACUAGAUGGCUUGGUGGAUGAGAUCGCUGCAUAG